AUGUUCACUGGCAACAUCUACUUCAUUGCCGCCAUCGCCGUCAUCGGCGGUGGCUUGUUCGGUUUUGAUAUUUCGUCUAUGUCAGCUAUCCUAGGAACUGAACAGUACCUGUGCUACUUUGAUCAAUACCCCAAAACUCCUGGCAAAAAAUGCGGUGGCCCUAAACCUAAUGUGCAGGGAGGUAUCACCGCGUCAAUGGCUGGCGGUUCAUGGUUGGGCGCCAUUAUCUCUGGCUUUCUGUCUGAUAUUUGUGGUCGUAAGGGUGCGAUCAUGUGGGGCGCGGUCAUCUGGAUUAUCGGUUCUGCCAUCGUCUGCGCCUCUCAAAAUAUUACAAUGCUGAUCGUGGGUCGCGUCCUAAACGGACUCAGUGUUGGCAUCUGCUCCGCACAGGUCCCUGUUUACAUUUCAGAACUUGCCCCCCCCUCCAAGCGUGGUCGUCUUGUCGGAUGUCAGCAAUGGGCUAUUACAUGGGGUAUCAUGAUCAUGUUCUACAUUUCAUAUGGCUGCAGCUUUGUAAAGGGUCCAGCUGCUUUCCGCAUCCCGUGGGGCCUGCAGGCUAUCCCUGCAGUUUUGCUCUUGCUUGGUAUGAUUCCACUCCCAGAAUCUCCCCGGUGGCUUGCUCGGAAAGGCAAGUGGGAUAGAUGCCACGCAGUUCUUGUCGCUGUACAUGGGAAAGGGGACCCAAACUCGCCGUUUGUGGAGCGCGAAUUUAAAGAAAUCCGAGAUAUGUGUGAGUUUGAGAUGCAUAACGCUGAUGUCACCUAUUGGGAGCUCUUGAAACCCAGUAUGAUCAACCGCACCCAUGUUGGAGUUUUCACCCAGAUCUGGAGUCAGCUGACUGGCAUGAACGUUAUGAUGUAUUAUAUUACAUAUGUGUUUGCUAUGGCGGGACUUAAGGGUAGCACGCUCUUGGUGUCCAGCAGCAUUCAGUAUGUUAUCAACGUCGGCAUGACAAUUCCGGCACUUUUGUUUGUUGACCGCUGGGGCCGUCGUCCAACACUUCUGGUCGGUGCCUUCUUCAUGAUGAUUUGGCUCUUUAUCAAUGCUGGCGUACUCGCCACCUAUGGCUCCCCUGCUCCUCCUGGAGGACUUGAUGGAAUCGAAGCCGUUUCAUGGCAGAUCUAUGGCCCCCCCAGCAAAGUCAUCAUUGCAUGUUCCUAUCUCUUUGUUGCCUCAUUCGCCCCCACCUGGGGCCCUGUCUCAUGGAUAUACCCGCCGGAGCUCUUCCCCUUACGGGUGCGUGGCAAAGCCGUGGCACUCUGCACAUCAGCCAAUUGGGCGUUUAACUUUGCCCUUGGAUACUUCGUUCCUCCUGCAUUUGUCAAUAUCCAAUGGCGCACUUACAUCCUGUUUGGCGUCUUCUGCGCCGCAAUGUUUGUGCACGUCUUCUUCAUGUUUCCGGAAACAGCAGGCAAGACCCUUGAAGAGGUUGAGGACCUGUUCACCAGCAACAUCCCGGCGUGGAAAACCAGAGUCGCCUUUGACAGGGCGGCUCAAUUGGAGCGAACCGGGGCCCGAGACGAAGAGGACAAGCUUCAACGGGACUCUGUAACAGAACAGCCUACCGCUGACAAGGCAAAUUAA